AUGGGUGAAGACAUGACUUAUAAUCUUGAACCCUACCAAACAAAAGCACUCGAAAGCCUUAAAGAAAAGGUCGAUGUUUCCUUCAGAGACAAACAAGUAUCGAUCUGGGGAAUCCGACUCUCUGCCUACGGAAGCCCGGAAUCUGAUGUCAUUUUUUCCAAAUUCCUUAGAGCGAGAAACUUUAAUGCCGGCCGUGCUUUCAACAUGCUACGAGAAUGUCUUUGGUGGAGGCACGAAUUUGGAGCCGACUCAAUCCUUGAACAAGAUUUAGGUUUCAAAGAAUUUGAAGGUGUGGUUAGUUACAUGAAUGGGGUUGACAAAGAAGGUCAUCCCAUUUGGUGGGAAAAUAAUUAUGGAAUUUUUGAAAAUAAAGAAAUUUAUAACAAGUUCUUGGGAGAUGACAAAAAGUUGGAAAAGUUUUUAAGAUGGAAAGUUCAAGUUCUUGAAAGAGGAAUUAAGAUGUUGGAUUUUAAACCUAGUGGAACAAAAUCGAUUACUAUGGUUUAUAAUGUGCGAGGCCUGCCAAAUAAAGAGCAUAAAUUCUAUUCCAAGCAUCUCUUCCCUCUCUUGAGAAACAACUAUCCUGGAAUCAUUGACUUUGAGAUAAUCCUCAAUGCGCCAUGGUAUUUACGCCCCUUGUUCAAAGAUGAAACAAGCAAGGCUAAUUAUUUGUGCCCUAAGAAAGCCAAUGUGGCCGAAACCCUCUACAAGUACAUAAAGCCCGAGUAUAUACCAAUACAAUACAAUGGUCUAUGUCGACCCGAUGAGUUGAAAGACGGUCUUGUCAAACCGGCUACUGAGUUUACUGUCAAUGGUGGAGAAGUUACUAAUAUUCCCAUCCAAGGCAUUGAGGAAGGUGCAACAAUAACUUGGGACGUGGUCGUUGCUGGAUGGGAUUUGACGUAUUCUGUUCAGUUCACACCUGAUGCUGUUGAAAGCUACGGGAUCGUGGUUGAGAAGUCAAGGAAAAUGCUCGAGAUAGAUGAGGCAUUACAUGGCUCAUAUGUCGCUAAAGAAACGGGAAAACUAGUUUUAAUCAUUGAUAACACAGCUUCUCAAAAGAAGAAGUUUGGUGCUUGGCGAUUCCUUAUCCAGAAAAAAGUGAAGUACGAUCAUGAUGAAUCAUACGAGUCUCCUGUAUUAUAUGAAAAUAAUUGUUUGUUUUCGAGUAGCUAG